AUGGCCAGGACUGAUGUAGCCUCGCAGAUUCUGAGCUACGAGAGUUACCUCAUGUCGCCCAUGACCAACUGGGCCGCACAUGCUGGUAGAGUCCAUCCAGCCAUCCCGGGAGAUCCCGAGCCGAGGCUGUUGAUUCCCAAGGCUCAGGGGCUGUGGAGCAUGGGAUCGAACAAGAAGGCCAGGGGACAGGACGGGGUCGAUCUCGAGUGA